AUGCGGUGAUCUUCCCCCCCUCUAUCUGUGAAAGUGUCAGCAUUUUUUAGAACAAGGGAGAAUAUUUAAAGAUCGGGGAACAUCAGGCUGACAGUCUGGUCCUGAGUUGGUGCGCUGGACCAUAGUCCAGUCCAGGAACUCUGUCGGAGUGCUGUCUUGUUCAUUGCACAGAGGCUGGUGAAUGGCAGCUGUGAGGAAGGACCGCUUCGAUCAGCUGAAGGGACGCUGGCCCUACUUUUAGGCAGAUCAAAGCAGCUGCUUCAGGGAGCAGGUCUGGGAUGCCAUGAAAGGGCAGAAAAUGCAUCUGCUGGAAUUGAUUGCCGCACCACUGGAACAAAGCUGGCAAGCACAUCAUGACAACAUGCGUCUUUGACAGCUCUGCCACCGAGACACUUGUUUUCCGCGAUGUACCAUUCUGCAAGAGUCAGGAGCUUCCCAACGUCCUGCUUGGCCUUUCACUGCUGACCAUUCAUCGCUCUGAGGAGAUGGAUUCCUUUGUGGUGGUCACAGAAUACAAUCCGGCUUGUAGUCCUCAGCAGGGUGAGCUGGAGGAUGAGGAACCCAUGGAGCCAUGUGAGAGACAGCCAAUGGCCCUGGAUUCCAGAGAACUGGAAGAAAAGAGUUUUCUUGGAGACCCUUUGGGGACUCCUUCAAAAGAUGCGAGGGAACCCCGUGUCAAACUUAACCUCUCUAGUCGCAAACUCUCUCUCCAGGAAAGGUCCCAGUCAGUCCAGUCACCUGGGAGUAAUGCGGGUGUCAAUGGACGUUACAUCUAUCCUUCUCUCCCAUACUCUCCUGUUACAUCUCCCCAUUCAUCACCGCGCUUGCCCCGGAGGCCAACCAUAGAAUCUCACAGAGUUUCCAUUACAGGUUUGCAGGACUGCGUGCAGCUCAAUCAAUACACGUUAAAAGAUGAAAUUGGAAAGGGCUCCUAUGGAGUUGUGAAGCUGGCAUACAACGAAAACGAUAACACCUACUAUGCAAUGAAGGUACUUUCCAAAAAGAAACUGAUGAGACAAGCAGGGUUCCCACGCCGUCCACCCCCUCGUGGUGCCAAGCCCCCCUUAGAAGGCUUCUGCCAACCCAAAGGACCCAUUGAACAGGUCUACCAAGAGAUUGCCAUCUUGAAGAAACUCGAUCACCCAAAUGUCGUGAAGCUGGUGGAGGUGCUAGAUGAUCCCAGCGAAGACCAUCUGUACAUGGUCACCUCUUUCUUUUGUGUUUCAGUGUUUGAACUUGUGAAAAAAGGGCCUGUGAUGGAAGUCCCAAACCUUAAACCUCUUACUGAAGACCAGGCUCGGUUCUACUUCCAAGACCUGAUCAAAGGCAUUGAAUAUUUGCACUAUCAGAAGAUAAUCCACCGGGAUAUUAAGCCUUCCAACCUCUUAGUCGGAGAAGACGGGCACAUCAAAAUAGCUGAUUUUGGUGUGAGCAAUGAGUUUAAAGGGACAGAUGCUCUGUUGACCAACACAGUGGGCACGCCAGCGUUCAUGGCUCCAGAAACCCUCUCGGAAACCAGAAAAAUAUUUUCUGGAAAGGCUCUAGAUGUUUGGGCAAUGGGGAUCACGCUCUACUGUUUCGUCUUUGGACAGUGUCCUUUUAUGGAUGAGCGAAUUCUAAGUUUACACAGCAAAAUCAAGAGCCAGAUGCUGGAAUUUCCAGACCAGCCAGACAUUUCUGAUGAACUGAAGGAUCUGAUAACAAAGAUGCUGGACAAAAGUCCUGAAUCCAGGAUCACUGUUCCAGAAAUUAAGAGUCGGCUCCAGUUCACAGCCCAGCUGCCAUGUUAUGGACCAGUUCCAGUUUCCAAACCCUCUUCCGAGACAGCCCCAUGGAGAACAUAUUGCAGGAGGUCCAAUCUAGAAGUUACCAUGGUGCACCCCUGGGUUACCAAAAAUGGAGUGGAACCAUUGCCAACAGAGGAUGAGAACUGCACACUUGUUGAGGUGACCGAAGAAGAGGUGGAGAAUUCAGUGAAACACAUCCCAAGCUUGGCCACUGUGAUCCUGGUAAAAUCAAUGAUCAGGAAAAGAUCUUUUGGAAAUCCAUUUGAAGGGAGCCGAAGAGAAGAGAGAUCCUUGUCUGCACCAGGCAAUUUGUUGAUAAAAAACAAAGCAGGACAUGUGAAAUAUCACAUCAGUCAAAGCAGGAAGCAAAGCAGCGAAGACAACCUGAAGAGCAUCAGCGACCUGCCAAAUGUGGGCGAGGAUGAAUUGCUUUCGUGAGGCUCGCUGUUUGGGUUGCGACAUGGCCAUUAGUCCCCCUCUCUUUAAGCUCUUUUGCAAAGUAUGCUUCUGUGGAAAGACAACACUGUGGAGCCCAAGUUCAACAUCCAGCCUUUGGGGACAUGGGCAUCCAUGCAGAAGCUGAGCAUUCAGCUCCGCUUGUGACAGCAUGCUGGACAAACCAGAAUCCAUCCCCUUGAUGGGCCCUGGAGACCAUCACUGGAUCACAUCUAGCAUCAAAAGAUUGGGGACGCAAGCAAGCCUGCUCUUAGACACCAUCCGGAGGGAGCGUCACGUGGACGUUACAAACAGCAGAUGAGCAACCAAAAACGAAAAGGGACAUUUGGGUGGGAAGAGAGGGCCAACCCUUUUGCAGAGAUGAUGGCCUGUCUUUGCAGAGUCCGUUCAAAAUGGCACUUUUUGACCAGGUGGGAAUGGAAAGCCUGCUUGCAACUUGCAGGAGUAACGUGCAUCUUUUCUUGCUUAGGUAUUUUGUUAUUCCUCCACCUCCCUUUUUCUACUGAUCUUUUUUUUCUGCAUGGAAACACAACAGACAAAUAUGUCACAUUGGGGGCUUGAGUAACACUCGGCUUUUGGCCGGUAGAUACACCGCAGCUCUGUUGACAAGCAGUUGGGCUUGUGUUUCCUCGAGGAUCAAAUAUGACUGUAAUCUCAGGAGCGAAGGUGGCGUUGCCUUUAGGCUUCCAAGUCCUCCAGAAAAGCAAGGGGAAAAGUGAUUUUCUUUCUCUGUUGUCAAAAAAGGGCUCAACGUUGCCAGAAGCUUGGAGAGCUGGGUUUUCAGUGUGACGGUGUUCAAACGCAAGUGGAAAACAUGUGCUGGGAGGCAAAACCAGUUCCGCCCAGCUCUUGAAGCACUACCUAGAACUUGCUGUUAUUGUACUUGAUCUCUCUGUCAAUAUGUACAAAAUUCAGGGUUGUUUUCUUUUAUUUUCAUUUUUUAACAAACUAAUAAUCCAACACUUCCUGGUAUGUUUCAUGGUUGAAUACAUUUUACAGAAUAACAUGUAGCUUCUGAGUAUGCUCCAAGGGACUCUACUGAAAUCAUAGAUAGAUUUUGCUGCUCGCUACUGUUCCAGUUUGCUUUUAAAGCGGAAGCCACUCUUUCCUGUUUUACCCCCCUUUAUCUUAAAUGUGUUUUUUUUCCUUCUCAGAAGGGGACCAACCUUAGAUAUCCCUGCGCAUGCAUAGCCAGUAGCUUGAGGACUUGUCUGUCAGAGCGAAUGAGCUGGGGCCACGUAAUGAAAUACUAACCUCCUUACAUAAGCAUUUGCCCUGUAAUCUUGCCUUUGCUAAGAUGUGGACUUGUUGCUGACCUAGCUUUGCACUGUUUGUUUUUGUGUUUUUAAAUCUACUUUAUAAAAAGCCGUUGAGGUAUUGACCUAAUUCAAGACAAGGGGGAAAGCAUUCAAAACCAAAUCAGAUAAAAUGCAGCCUCGUUGCUCAUUUCAAAAAGGAGCGUGUUGGGGAAAUCUCUCUGGCAACCAGGCUAGCUUUUUGUGGGUCAGGUGAUUUUGGACACAGUAGUUUUCUUACCUUCGUGUUUGAAAGUGGUACGAUCCCCAGAAGAUAUUCUAGCUGUCCUAUUCUAUCCUAGCCAGAUGAUUUCUGAACCUUUGAGAAGCCCCGCUUAAGCCCAGAGGUAUUCUAGGCCAAGAGCAGACCCAGCUUAGAUCUCAGCAAGGCCCUUUGUGUAUUCAUUGAGCCCAUCUUGGUUUUUGUGCUUGUUUUUUCAGUGAAUGCUCUCUGGGGUGAAGUGGUGCAAGAAGAACAAAUGAAAGGGCCCUCGGAGAGCCUGGGAACCAGCCACAUCAAGGUUUGGGAAAGUGUGCUCCAUCGGCCUUGGGAAGGCCCUCCCUGGCAAUUUUUGGACCCCUGCCUCAACUGCCUAAAAAAGAUAGAGACAAGUUUGCCAUAUUAGCCCCAAAUGGGUCAUUUUAGGGCCUUAUUUUUUAACCGGAAGUGAGUUCCUUUUUUAAAAUUACUUUUGUGAAGGGGCAACCCCUUAACCUCUGAUAGUUGCUUACUCUUGGGCUAAAUUCAAUGGCCUGAAUAGAUACAGACAUAGAGGAGCCUCCAGAACGCACAACCUAUUUAAGGUAAACUGUUGUGCCGCCAUCUUUUUUUUCCAUUUUUGCCCUCCUCCUGUCCGCCAUUUACUUUGUACUCAGGUGCCAAUCCAUUAAUGUAUGGGGCUUUUUUCAAGUGGGGAAUAGCCUUGUUUUCAACAGGCCCUUCUACCCCAAAGACAACACAUUUAGUGUAGAGAGCAGACAAAGCAUGGCCACAUUUUAACACAGCUGGCUCUCAAAAAGAAAUGAUGCAAGUGCAACUGGGCUCAUACAUACCCAAGUUCCAGGAUGCCAGGCUGUUGUUGGGCUUUUGUUGUGCCGGGUGAUGCUGCAGUCUUGCCUUACUAAUGUGAGUGUUCUCUGGUACGGUUCAAAUGCCAAUGCACCCCUUACACACACUUUGGGCUUCCAGACGGACAGCUCUAAGUACAAGAAUCUGAACAAAGUGCCCAGGUAUUCUGUCCUCUCAUUUAAGAGGCUUUGUGGAAAGACAAAAAGGAAGCAUGAAGUAGUGGAGAAAAAUAAGAUGGUUAGAGGUGGAUGAGGAUGUCUGAAAGCCCCAUUCUAGUUAAAUUUUGUAAAUGGGUUUGUUUUGCACCACUGGGAGUUCCAGCAGGGGCUCCAUAGGAUUGGAAAAGAGACCCCCAAGGGCUGGUCAGUCUAACCCUCUGCCAGGGCUGAAACCCACAUCUAAAGUACCCCUGAGAUGUGGCCUCCCAGCCUAGAAUCAUAGAAUAGAAUCAGAGUUGGAAGAGACCACAAGGGCCAUCCAGUCCAACCCCCUGCCAUGCAAGAAAUCUCCAUUUAAUGAAAGGGAGUCCACCAGUUUGUGAUGGCAAUCUGUUCCACUGUCAAACAUCUCUUGUCAGGACGUUCUUCCUAAUGUUGAAUCAGAAUCUCCUUUCUAGCCAUUUGAAUCCAUGGGAUGGGUUCCUGUCUCUGGUGCAGCUUGUUCCAUCUUCCGCCUGGCAGCUCUUCCAAUAUCUAAAGAUAGCUGUUAUACCUCCUUUUAGUCUUCUCCAGGCCAACCAUGUCCAUGUCCUCCAACCGUUGGCCUCAGGGUUCAGUUUUUGGACCCUUGACCAUUUUGGUUGCCCUCCUCUGGACGUGUUCUAGUCUGUUGUUCUUCAAUGUGGUGCCCAAAGCUGCAUACAGAACCUCCCUGUGAUACUGUUGCUUCCCUUGAUCUGAACCUGUAUCUGUGUUUUGGGUCCAAACCUGUCCUCAGAUGCAAGUGAGACGUAGCAAGGAGGUACCUCUGGGCUAUACAUUUUCUUCCACAGUCAGCUUAUUCCUGGAAUAGGGGAGUGCUUGGUCAUUAUAGUUAGAUGCAGUGGUGGCUUCCAAGUCCAUGGGGCAGUGGAUCCAUGCCGGACUUUGAUUCAGGCUUCAAAAAGCCGGUGCAAGGUGCUGAAUGCUAAUUCUGCCUAAGUCCAGCACCAUAGAAGGCUUCUUUUUAAAGCUAGCCAGAACCUGGUAAGGAUUCCCCAUCCCACUGGCAUGGAAAGUCAUAUAGCUUCAACAUGCCACCCAACUCAAGCCAGGUUUUGCAGAUAUGUUUUCUAGUUCAGCAAUCCCCAACAGUGGGGCUGAUAGAAGUUGUAGUCCAAGAUCACAAAGGUGAUUGGGGAAAGGUACCUGAAAUCUCACCAAUUGAAGAAUCUGGAUGUCAGUGUGGGGAAAAAAGUUGGAUAUAUAAAGAAUAAUGAGCGGUGUCUUUGACGGCAGUGUGUGCUUUCUCUUUAUAUAAAUGUAAGCCGGAAUGACUCAAAAGGUGUACUUUGUUAGAGUAUGGCUGCUACAUAAUAACCCAGCGUCUUUCUCCCUCCUCUGACCUAAGCUCUGUAAUAUUGCUCAUUUUUAAAAUUUUACCAAUGAAUGCCCAAGGCGUGUGUAUUUUAGCCCCGAUUCCUCUCUACUAUGCAUUCUACUUCGAUCAGGUGUCCCAAAUAUGAUGUAUUUAACACUUUAAAUUACCUUUAACAACCGACAGACCUAAGAAGGAACUCAAAGGUGCCUCUCCAGAGAGGCUUCUGUGCUCAAGCUGAAAUAAAACCGAGGGAUAAAGCUCAA